UGUAAAUAAUUUCCACUCGAACAUAAUUCAUAAGGAAGACUAUGUUUUUCACAACAGUGUAUACGUUUUCCAUCUCCAGCUAAACUCUUACCUUACACUUAGUCAGCAUGAAUCGCUCAAUCAUCGCGGCCCUGGUCAGUCCAUACCGCCGGCGUCCAUGGAUGUCCGAGCAUGGAGCUGCAGCACCGGCCGGUGGACAGGUGGGCCUAAAGGGCAUUGUCGCCGGUGGUAUUACUGGCGGCAUCGAGAUAUGCAUCACCUAUCCCACCGAGUUCGUAAAGACACAGCUGCAGCUGGACGAAAAGGGAGCGGCCAAGAAGUACAAUGGCAUCUUCGACUGCGUCAAGAAAACUGUGCAACAGCGCGGAUUCCUGGGUCUCUAUCGCGGUCUUAGUGUGCUGGUCUACGGCAGUAUUCCCAAGUCUGCGGCAAGAUUCGGUGCCUUUGAAUUCUUGAAGUCGAAUGCUGUGGACUCUCGAGGACAACUGAGCAACUCUGGAAAGUUGCUUUGCGGUUUGGGGGCUGGCGUCUGCGAGGCCAUUGUAGCUGUUACCCCAAUGGAGACCAUCAAGGUGAAAUUUAUUAAUGACCAGCGCAGCGCCAAUCCCAAAUUCAAGGGCUUUGUUCAUGGAGUUACCCAGAUUGUGAAGACAGAGGGUAUCUCGGGAGUUUACAAGGGUCUUACGAUGACCGUAUUGAAACAGGGAUCUAAUCAAGCCAUCCGCUUCUUCGUAUUGGAGUCAUUAAAGGAUAUGUAUAAGGGAAAUGAUCCUAAUAAGCCAGUUCCCAAAUUGGUGGUGGGAGCUUUUGGAGUUAUCGCUGGAGCGGCCUCUGUGUUCGGUAAUACCCCGCUCGAUGUGGUUAAAACAAGGAUGCAGGGCCUGGAGGCAUCGAAAUACAAAAACUCUGCCCACUGUGCACUGCAGAUCAUGAAAAACGAAGGCCCCGCUGCCUUCUACAAGGGCACUGUGCCUCGUUUGGGUCGCGUGUGCCUGGAUGUAGCCAUCACCUUCAUGAUCUACGACUCCUUCAUGGACCUGUUCAACAAGCUGUGGGUGUAACCACUGCUGGCGGCUUAGUUACUUAGAUCAUCCCUUCCCCAACUCGUGCAUUUCUUUCUCUGUACCCAUUGACCAAGUCGGCUGUUGCAAUAGUUUCUAGUUUUGUGACAUAUUCCAAGAAGCAUUUUAUAUAUACCGUUUACCCAUUAUGGGUAUGUGGCUAAAGAAAUUUAUACAGCUGAUUUAAAUAUUGAAUUAAAUUGAAAUGUGUGUUUGAAAUUGCUUUCUGAUUAUUACUUGGGGCAAAAUGGCCAUUUCUUUCGAAUAAAGUUCUUUAUACUUAGACAA